AUGUCCGGAUUGUCGAAGGAGAUCUUGACAGUACCGAUAUCAUCCAAAAGGAGGCCCGAGAUGCUGAUGUUGUCUUUCGGAUCGUCCAGGCAGGUUCGGCUCCGGAAGCAAUGCACCAAAGCUGACUUUUUCGUGGGCUAUUGGAUUCAAAUAUCGGGGGCGACUGUGGUUGCCGCGGCAGAGAUCAAAGCCGGUCGCUUCGGAGAAGCAUCUGACAAAUCAUAUGAUGAUCUCCGCGACGAAAAAGAAGUGGGUUCGUUGAUCUCUGCGAAUCCUGCGCGAGUGGUCGAUAAUUUGGCAUCACAAGAGCCGACCACGGUUCGGACCGCGUUGGUGGUGGGACCGCUCAUUUACGGCGAGGGCAGUGGACCUGUGAACAAAAGGAGUAUUCAGGCCCCUGAAAUCACUCGCUUGACACUACAGAGAAAGAAGGGUCUCCGGAUUGGAAGGGGACUGAAUAUAUGGAGUAAUGUUCACAUUCAUGAUCUGGGAAACCUAUUACUCGCUCUAUUCGAGGCUGCCGUUUCCGAAAGCUCUGCGGUAUGGAACCAAAACGGAGUCUAUUUCCCGGAGAAUGGAAAACUGUCGUUUGGAGAUCUCUCGAAGAAUAUCGUCCCAGAAGCUCGAAAGCAGAAUCUGCUGGAGACUGAGGAAAUUGAAGAAAUAACCGCGGAAGAAGCGAACUCGUUGAGUGCCCACGCCGCUGCAACUUGGGGAACGAACGCGAUCUUGACAUCUUCAAGGGCUCAGGCACAGUUACAUUGGUCACCUUCGGGGGUGAGCCUGCUGGAAGAAAUUCCAGAGAUCGUCCGGUCCGAAGCCAAGGCCAUCGUGUCUCGUUCGACUUUGUGA